AUGAAUGGUGACAAGCUAGUCUAUCACCGUGUUUCGCUUUCACUUUUAUUUUCGUUUACUUAUAGUGAAGAGGGAUUGCAGGUAAGGAGUGUGGAAGAUGGGUUCGCUGGGUCGUGGCACAAUGGAGAAGUCAUUGACUGCGGCCAUAAUUUCCGUUAUAUUGAGUACGAGUACAUUCAUCUUGACGACGGCUCCGCGAAGCUCAUUGAAUCGGUUACCGUCACAUCGGCCAUCGAAGGUUCCAUUCCCAGGAGUCGGACUCCCCCUAACUAUCGUGGCUGUAUAAGGUCGGUCCCCCCUCGUCUUCGUUUUGACGAAUGGAGCUUCCACUAUGGACUAUGCGUUGACGCAUUUCACGAAUGUGCUUGGUGGGAAGGCGUGGUAUUUGAUCACGACGAUGGCUCUCUCAGCAGGCUGAUCUUCUUCCCCGACUUGGGUGACGAAAUGAGACUAGGAAUAGAUAAGCUUAGAAUUACCCAGGACUGGAAUGAGGUGACGGAAGAGUGGAAGCCUCGUGGGUUAUGGGUGUUUCUUGAAGUACUUGAAAAAUACGAGCGGGAUUGGCCCCAAUUUGCUUCGCCGAAGCAGAUUUGGUACGAUGUAAGGACUAAGGAGGAAUUUUUGGAGAAAAUUUCAGAAUGGACUGCUAUGACGAACCUGUGGGACUGGGACAAUUUGGUGAGGGAGGUUGUGAGUGCCUAUAUGGAUCUAAACGUGGAAAAAUUUCUGGACUAUAUCAACUCUGAUUAUGGGGAAGAUUUGGCUGAGGUGCAGAGUAAAAAGAGGAAAACCAUUGAGCCUGGAUUUUCAUUAACCGGGGGUGUUUCUGGAGGACUGCUUUCUGAACCUGCUGGAGAAAUUAUUUUGAAGCCUGAAGGAUAUUUGACUGAUUCACGGACUAAAAAAAGGAAAAUUAGCUCUUUGGGAUUAUCUACAAGUGAUGUUGGUUUUGGUUGUCAGUUAGAGGAACCUAGGGUGAAUGCGGAGGGAGGUGAUAUUUCUCAGACAGAGGAUAAGGGGUUGGUUAUUAAUCCACUGAAUGGCACCAAUUCAUGCAGCCAUGAUGAAGAUGUAUUCGUGCAACCACAGGAUUUAUUGGUGUUACCUUCGGAUUUGGACCUAUUUGCUUGUGCUAGUGGUAGUGCUAAUGAAGAAGGGGUCAGAAUUCCAUUGGGCAUUGAAGAUGCCACUCAUGGAGUCAUUCAAAACAAAGCAGAUGGUCACUGGGGCAGAAAUGAUCCAACUAGCAAUGAACACAUUGGAAAUCCUACAACUCCUAAUGCAAAUGCAAUGUCCCUUGUGGGUUUUAUUACAAGUGGCAAAGAGGAAACUGAAAAUACCUUAAGCAGAGAAAGUGAGGCUCAAGGAGGAGGAUCUGUUCAAGAUGAUCGUAAAAGCAGGAAGGAUUCAAGUUGUAGUGAGCCAAAUAACAAACCUGCACAUUUGCAAUUGGGUGCCAACAGUAUAUGGCUACCUGUUGUCCCUGACCUGAUUCCUGGAGCUGGUUACUUCCCUGAUGCAAUUGCUAAAUAUUCACGUAAUCCAAAGAAUAGGAGCAAACAAACUGGUACCAACCGAGAAGCUAAGAUGCACCUCUUAUAUUUAGGCUGGAAGGUUGAGUAUAAAAAAUAUAAGAAAAUGUACAGAUUUCGCUUUACCUCACCUGAAGGGAAGCCCUAUCUUUCUCUUAUUCAGGUCUGCCAAGCCUUGAUGGAGUCUGCACAAGAUGUUCAGAUUCAGAACCCCCAUAAUGACCAACAAAUUUUGGCUUGUAAACCUGCAGAGCUAUUUGAUUCUAGUUCCAAACCAGUCUCUUUGCCAUGCGAAGGUGAUGCCUCCCCUUUAUGUGCAGAAACUUUGAUGUUAAACAGGGAGGAAGUGGGAACUGGACAGUUAAUCAAGGAGGACGUGGGAACUGAAGAACCUUGCAAGGAUAUGGUACAUAUUGAACCGAAACAUUGCCCUCGAGCAGUUAUAGUUUGGUAUCUGAUUGGAUUGAAGGAGCAAACAAAAGAAUAUGACAAAAUUGGAGCAAUUAAAAGUUCAGAAUUGAGAUCAAAAUCAAGGGGACAUCUCUCAUCCCUUGGGUGGAAAUUCUGGUAUGUCAAUAAGAAUGGGAACCGUGAGAUGCGCUAUUGUUCUCCAAAAGGGAAAGUUUAUAAUUCUCUUCGAACAGCUUGUGCAGGAUGUAUUACAGGAGGAGGGUGUCCUGAAAGUAGUACCAUAAUUGAGCAGUUAAAGAAGAGAGUGACUGCAAGGAAGGUUUCCAAGCACCAAUUAGUUGUUGCAGAAUUUGCAUCAGAAAUUAUAUGUCAGAAAUAUGAGGAAAGUAUGCCACUGCCAGACUAUCAGUCUGAAAAAGAUUCUACAGAGUCUUGUGGUUCAUCACAAUUAACUAAGCAAGCAGAGAACUUAGACUCUACCAACCCAACUUCUGUGCUGCGAAGCCUGCGAUCAAGCAAAAGAGCAAGGCGAGUUGUGAGAUCAAGUCCUAUGCAUCACACACCUAGAACCAUUCUAUCCUGGCUGAUAGAUAACAACGUGGUCUUGCCAAGGGCAAAAGUGCAUUACAUUGGGAGAAAGAAUUGCCCUCCAAUGGCAGAAGGGCGUAUUACAUGUAAUGGAAUCAAGUGCAGUUGUUGCCAGAAGGUGUUUACUCUCAGUGGCUUUGGGGUUCAUGCAGGUGGCUCUUAUCACCGACCUGCUGCCAAUAUUUUUCUGGAAGAUGGAAGGUCUCUAUUACAAUGCCAAGAGCAAAUUAAUAAGCCGAAGAUGUUAAAACCAGAACUACAUAGGAGAAUCAAGAGUAAUCGACACAGCUAUGAGAAUGACUACAUAUGCUCAGUCUGCCACUAUGGGGGCACACUAUUAUUAUGUGAUCAAUGCCCAUCAUCAUUCCAUUUGAGCUGCCUCGGUUUAAAGGAUCUUCCUGAUGGAAAAUGGUUUUGUCCUUCCUGCCGAUGUGGGAUAUGUGGAAAGAGUGAAUUCAAUGGAAAAACUGAGCAAUUUACAGAUGCAUCUGUUCUUUAUUGUGAUCAAUGUGAACGUGAAUAUCAUGUUGGAUGUUUGAAGAGAAGAGGACAUACAAAGGUGGAAAGUUGUCCAAAAGGGAAUUGGUUUUGCAGUAAAAAUUGUGAAAAGAUAUUUAUGGGCCUUAGAAAACUUAUUGGAAAACCACUUUCUGUGGGUAUGAGUAACUUUUCUUGGACUCUUUUGAAAUCCAUUAAAGAUGAUAGUUGCCUUGAUUCAUCUGGUAAUGAGGACACGACAGAGCAUCAUAGCAAGCUCAAUGUUGCACUUAGUGUAAUGCAUGAAUGCUUUGAGCCUAUUAAAGAACCUCGAACCAAGAGUGAUCUUGUUGAAGAUGUUAUAUUCAGUAAAUGCUCUGAACUGAACCGACUGAACUUUCAAGGAUUCUACACAGUGCUUUUGGAGAGGGAAGAUGAAAUAAUAUCUGUGGCUACUGUCAGGGUCUUUGGUGAAAAAGUUGCAGAAGUACCCCUUAUUGGUACUCGAGUCCAAUUUCGCCGAAUGGGGAUGUGCCGCCUUUUGAUGAAUGAGCUUGAGAAGAAACUUAUGGAGUUGGGGGUAGAGAGGCUGUUUUUACCUGCUAUUCCUCAAGUGCUCCAUACAUGGACCACUUCCUUCGGGUUCUCCACGAUGACAAAUUCUGAAAGACUAAAGUUUCUGGAAUACACAUUCCUGGAUUUCCAGGACACCACAAUGUGCCAAAAAUUGCUGACAUAAACAUCAAUAAAAUCACAAUAUCAGGAGGAAACUAAAACAAGCUUGAGGCCAAGUUUGACCAGAGUGAUGAAAAUCCUGAUUAUGAAAGCUGCAUUGUUGUCUCCAAACUCCAAAGUUAUUCGGGCAUACCACAUUAAUCAAAGUGGAAUCAUAAACAAAA